AUGUUAAGACUCGUGGCCCACUGGACGAAGGCGGCCUAUUCCCUGAAAGACAAGGCUGGCAUCAGCAGAAGCCUCCCACUAACGGCUGGAAAGCUUGAAAGCCAACAACCUGUACCUCCAAAGCAGGAGUCGCCUUCUACACUGCUGAAUUGGAUCUCCAUAUCCCCAAUGGAUGGGAAGUACCGCUAUCUUUCACCUUCAAGAAGACAAAGUCAGAUGAAAAAUUCCGUGCUCAGUUGUACGUCAAUGGAUACCAGUUCGGUAAAUACAUCAACAAUGUUGGUUCCCAAGUGGAUUUCUCAGUUCCUCAGAGAAUUUUGA